AUGCUUCAACGUACCAAGUAUAACCGCUUCAGGAAUGAUUCAGUGACAUCAGUUGACGAUCUUAUUCACAAUUUGUCCAUGAACAGCAAGGUCUCAGCAGUUGCUACGACUUCAACAGCACCUUCGUACCUGGUCUCGCCAGAGGUUCUCCGCAAGGACCAAGAAGAUGGACCCACCACCCUGUGUACCCUCAUCCAUAAAGUGUCCCACUUGAAACUCUCUAACACAGGCAGCCUUUUGGGUAUCAAAAACCUCUCCUCUGCAGUAAAGGAGCUUGCUGUCUCCAAGUUGCAGGGAAGCUCGAGUGCUUCUAGCUCAGCAGCAGGGGCUUCAGACAACACAUGUAACCUUGUCUCUGCCACUUCGUGUUCUCAGCAGGACGUGAGCAAGAUGAGUAUGGGGAAAAAACCACGAUCAGAGGAAAUGCACCCGGGAGGUGAAGACUGGAAUCAAAGUAGCAGCUUUGUUAAUAAACCCUCUCGAGGAUGGCUGCACUCGAGUGAGAAGAUCCUGGGACCUGGUGUGACGUACAUUGUGAAGUACUUGGGAUGUAUAGAAGUCUUACGCUCAAUGAGAUCUCUUGACUUCAAUACUAGAACACAGAUUGCAAGGGAAGCAAUCAGUCGUGUUUGUGAAGCCGUGCCUGGUGCCAAAGGAGCCUUCAAGAAACGGAAGCCACCAAGCAAAGUUCUUUCUAGCAUCUUGGGAAAGAGCAAUCUUCAGUUUGCAGGAAUGAGCAUAAUGCUGAAUAUCUCCACCACCAGCUUAAACCUAAUGACUCCUGAUACAAAACAGAUCAUAGCAAAUCACCAUAUGCAAUCUAUUUCCUUUGCAUCUGGAGGUGAUCCGGAUACAACUGACUAUGUUGCAUAUGUAGCUAAGGAUCCUGUUAAUCGGAGAGCCUGUCAUAUACUGGAAUGCUGUGAUGGCCUGGCCCAGGAUGUCAUCAGCACCAUAGGGCAAGCGUUCGAGCUUCGAUUUAAGCAAUACUUGCGAUGCCCCUCUAAGAUACCUGCUUUCCAUGAUAGGAUGCAGAGUUUUGAUGAGCCAUGGGUGGAGGAAGCUAAUGAGGCAACAGAACAUCCCUAUUACAACAACAUCCCAAAUAAAAUGCCCCCCCCUGGCGGUUUCAUUGAUGCCAGGCUCAAAGCAAGGCUUCCCACUGCUGCAGAUACAGCUCAGGUCAUGGGAGGAGACCAAACCUAUUACCAGAGUCGUCACUUAGGACACAAAUUCAGUGAAGACUGGCAUCAUUGGCCUGUUAAGCAAGGAUCUCUGGAUAUUUGUAGUAUGCCGGAAGGGAAAUCACAAGUAACCCCAACAGCAGAGAUGCCAACAUAUGUAAACACCCAGCAUAUAAAUAUAGAAGCUCUAUUGGCACUUCAGGCAGAUGCUGAAAGUACCUUCAGAAAGGAUCUGUUUGACAUGAAACCAUUUGAAGACGCCCUCAAGAACCAAACAUCUGAGGCUGCACUGAGGAAAUCCACCUCCACGGGAUGCACCAGUCCUCUUUCAUCCAGAGCAGCUGACUGGACUGUAGCCGAAGAGCUGAGUACAGAGCCGUGGUAUCAAGGAGAGAUGAGCAGGAAAGAAGCAGAACAGCUGUUAAAGAAAUGCGGAGACUUCCUCGUGAGGAAGAGUACCACGAAUCCCGGUUCCUAUGUGCUGACAGGCAUGCACAACGGACAAGCCAAACAUCUUCUUUUGGUGGACCCAGAAGGAACUGUUCGUACAAAAGAUCGUGUCUUUGACAGUAUAAGUCAUCUCAUCAAUCAUCAUCUCGAGAAUAAUUUGCCAAUAGUUUCUUCUGGGAGUGAACUCUGCCUGCAGCAGCCUGCUGAGAGGAAACAGUGA